AUGGCAGAUUUCGGGGCCGAGUCAUGGCUGGCAGAGUCCCGCGCGCGGGUAAAGUCGUCAGCCGCUGGCUGGCAUCCCACCCGGCCCGCGGCCAGCGCUGACGUUCGGAAAGCUCAGCGGGAUCGCGAGGGAAAGCCCCGCGGCUCACCGGGUCUCCGCCGCUCACAUAAAGCCGCCAUGGAGGACGCAGGCACCGCUGUCGGAGGAGCAGAGAUGGGGCCGAGGGGCGCAGCCGCGGUGGCCGUGGCGCUGUGGGUCUUGCUGACGGCGGGCGAGGCGGCGGACCCUGGCGUGGCGACGCCCCGGCGCUGCCUCCUGUCACACUACCGCUCGCUGGACCCCAGGGCGCUGGCGGCCGUCAAGGCGCUGAGGGACCGCUACGAGGAGGAGACGCUGAGCUGGCGGCCGCGCAACUGCUCCUUCCGCCCGAGGAGGGAUCCUCCGCGGCCCUGGUCGUGCGCGCGCCUCCGCCUCGUGGUCCGGGACCUGGCGAACGCCCAGGCGGUGCUGAGCCGCCUGCCGAGCCCCGAGCGGUUCCCCGGCACCGGCCUGACCCUGGAGCUGCUGGCGGCCGCGCGGCGGGACGUGGGGGCCUGCCUCGAGCUGGUGCGGCCAGGCUCGUGGAGCAAGUCCCGGCGGCCACCGAGGAGGCGUGCCCAAACACGGAGAGCUGACUCGCCUCGGUGCCACGAAGCCAGCGUCAUCUUCAACCUCCUGCGCCUGCUCACGUGGGACCUGAAGCUGGUGGCGACCUCGGGGCCUUGUCUCUGA